GACGUAAGAAAGACAGAUAAGUUGUUUUUAACUAUUUAUUUUGUUGUAGACUAUUGUUUUUGAGGGUUUCAGGCGGAUGGCGUUGCAGGUUGUUUUGUUUGGGCACAGUUUUGUUAGGCGAUUGAAAGAUUACAUUGAAAAAAAUCCCAUUCAUGAAAAUUUGGGCUUAAGUGCUUUGAAAUUCGAGGUUUUUUUUGGAUUUGGAGGUUUGUCGCUGAAACAAUGUCGCUGUCUGCAUUGUGUAGAUUCUAAGUUACGGUUGUCGGAUAUGGUAAUUUUAGACAUAGGAUCGAAUGAUAUAUGUAAUCAUGAUUAUCUGCCACAGAAAUUUGCUCAAGAUUUAGUCUCAUAUGCUGAAUGUUUGGUUAUAGGCUUACCGGUUAAAAGGGUAGUUAUUAUGCAAUUGCUUCCAAGAGAUGUUCUUCGUUACUCUGGGUAUAAUGAACAUGUUAUUCAAGUAAAUAACUUAGUACAAGCUCUUGUCACCUCAUCAGAGUUGCCAUUAACAUUUUGGAAGCAUAGGGGUUUGUGGCAUUCAAAACAUUGUAUUUUCAGUAGGGAUGGAAUUCAUCUGGGCCAGGAGGUAGGAUAUCCGAAAUAUCUUAGAAGUAUUCGGGAUUGCAUAAUCCGUGUAUCAAAUUGGGCUUAGAGUUAAAAUAUAGAUUUUGAACAUUUCAGUUGCUGUAGUUGUUGUGCACAUUGUCAAUUAGAUAAAGGGAGACCGUUUAAUCUAGUAGUUGUUUACACAAUUCAUAUUUUUUUUUUUUUAUUUAUGCCAUGGUAGAAUAACUGGUUAUAUUAUUAAAAUAUUUCCAAGAAGUUACAUGUGAUAUGAAAAUUCUUUUGCAGGUCAUGUGUUCACUUGUUAGUAAGAUUGUUUUGUAAGUUAUGUGCACUGGUGUAUUUAAAUUUCUAGUGUUACAGUUAUUUAGAUAUUUAGUUGCCUGGUAAACACCACAUAAGUAAUUAAAAGGGCUUCCAAUUGAUUUAUUGAUUCAAUUUCAGUGUGGUAUUAUGUUGUACAGUCAGGUGUCAUUUGUAUUAUUUGACUUAUUUUGUUCUAGAUUAAAAUUAUGCCAUUGGUGGCUUAUUUUGUUGUAAUUAUUAAGUUUGGAUAUUCAUCUUGGUGUACUUUUCAGUUAUUUGUGUUCAUUAUGGCGGGGUAAUGACUUAUCCUUGGUAGCCGAACAACAUUUAAUUACAAAUUGGCAGGAUUUAUGUCUGAUCCUUAU